AGUGGCGCACUGGUUAACACUGAGGAGAGAGACUCCACAUUGACAGCAACGCGGCAGCGCCCGGGGUAACGUGAUUUGCGCUCUAUUAGGUCCGCGACUGAGCACCACUAGAUGCAGCACAGGGAUCAUUGUGUGGGGAGAAAGAGGAGACAAGGAGGAAGGACUUUACGCUUCAUCCGCCCCAUGGAUCUUCUUUGCUUCCAAUUGAUCUGCUUAAAGAAGUUACCCACUGACAGCCUUUUUAACGCCCGUGCGUCUCUGGCACCGGAGAGGUUGUGUCACCGCUUUCUGCCCCGGAUGGACUGACAGCCUCAUAAAUAAGAAGCAUUUCUCCUUUGGGAGCGUACAGGAUGAAAGAGAAAAAAGCCGGGAAAGCCUCAGAGGAGUGAUUUAGUUCCUUCCUUUCUCAGCCCUGCUGUGAGCUAUAGCUCUGUCCUUGCUGGUGAUGCCAUUUGUUAACCUCAGGUGAAGUCACAUAGGAAGUGGGCCAUUCUUCUCCAAUGGGGUUUGACAACAAGACCAACCAGACUCUUCCAGAUGUGGCCUACAGCCUCCGCAUCUGCCUGCCGCUCACUGUGCUGGUGGGGAUCAUGAUCCUGUUGAUAGUGUUUGGCAACGUGCUGGUGGUCAUAGCUGUGUUUACAAGCCGGGCCCUGAGGGCUCCGCAGAACUUAUUCUUAGUGUCCCUGGCGUCAGCGGACAUUUUGGUGGCUACCCUCGUGAUGCCUUUCUCCUUGGCCAAUGAGCUUAUGGGAUAUUGGUACUUUGGGGAGGUGUGGUGUGAGAUAUAUCUGGCACUUGAUGUUCUUUUCUGCACCGCAUCCAUCGCCCACCUCUGUGCCAUCAGCUUAGACCGCUACUGGUCCAUUACACAGGCCAUUGAGUACAACCUGAAGAGGACACCACGACGCAUCAAGUGCAUCAUCUUCAUAGUGUGGGUCAUCGCUGCGGUUAUCUCCUUCCCUCCUCUAAUCACCAUGGAGAAAGAAAACAACUUGGAUGACCCUGUGUGUAAGAUCAGUACUGAAAAGUGGUACGUCAUCUCCUCCUGCAUCGGCUCCUUCUUCCUCCCCUGCCUCAUCAUGGUUCUGGUCUACGUGCGGAUCUACCAGAUCGCCAAAAAGAGAACACGGGCGCCACUGGGAGACAGGAAGCGGAAGGAGGUGCAGAGGACAGCCACCGUCGCUGCCGGCAACCAGAAGGAGAAUGGCUGCCACGAGAAGCUGAACGGCAAGCAGGACAUUGAGUUGAAGGAGGGAGUGGCAGGGGAAGGAGGAGCGGAUAAGGAAAAGGAAGAAGUCAACGGGGUGGACCUUGAGGAGUCGUCCUCCUCCGACCACAAAGUGAACAAUCCCUGCUCAAUUAAAAAGAAAGCGGCCACUGGGAAAACCAAACUGAGCCAAAUCAAGCCGGGGGACGACGAAAAGCUGGCAACGAGCACCAAGGGCAGUCGCUGGAAGGGCCGACAGAACCGGGAGAAACGCUUCACUUUUGUCCUGGCUGUGGUCAUUGGAGUGUUUGUCAUCUGUUGGUUUCCCUUUUUCUUUACAUACAUGCUGAAGACGCUGUGCGAGUCCUGCCCAGUGCCCGACACCCUGUUUAAGUUCUUCUUCUGGUUUGGCUAUUGCAACAGUGCGCUGAACCCCAUCAUUUACACUAUUUUUAACAAUGACUUUAGAAGGUCCUUCAAAAAGAUACUGUGCAGGAAGGACGCUAGAAGAUAUGUAUGAUGGACUCUGUCUUCAUGUACAUACUUUUUUUUGCUACUACAUUUUAGAUAAAUUAUACAAUACCUACACCAUUGUACACGUCACUGGCUUGUACGCUCUAGUUGUAACUGCUUGGAAAGGCUUUCCCGGGAUGAGCUUUACGUGCAUCAUCUUUGCAGAACAUCUGCCACCCACAGCUUCAACAGCGAUCACAUAGAGAGGUUUAACCCUAAACAGAACACCACAGUGAAACCAUGUUUUUAUUGUAAAUGUUAUUUUUAUUUUUAUAAAUGAAACAAACAUAGUGAAGUCAUGAUAUGUGUUGUACUUUAUGACAGUUUGUCUGAAUAUUUGUCUCUAUUUCUGUUAUGGAUACAGUAUUGUGCCAUUUUGUAUGAUACUAUGAUGGUUAUUAUGAGAAUGAUGGUUAUAAUGAUGAUGACUAUGAUGAUAACAAACACAGAAUAAAACCC